GGAAGUACCGAGUUUGCGGCGAAGUCGGCCAUGGAAGGCGACGGACUCGAUGACUUGUUUCCUCCGCAAGAGGUCAUGGCCCAAUUCGAUGUCUUUGAAUCAUCACAUGGAGAAAAUAUGGAGCCAUAUAUUCCAGAGAUCCAUCAUGAACGAGUUGAUGUGGAUCUCACGCUCCCAACAGACACAAACGACGACCCUCCAAAAAAGCGUUCACAAGAUGCACCCCACGACACGUCGGCUACGAAGCGGGUGAAGGUCGGUGACCAAGAGUCAAUCAGUGGUGGAAUGCCACAAACUGGUAGUUCUUCACUCGCCCGAGCCUCGCCUCGUAUGGAGACUGUGCCGCUUGUCCAAAAGCUGUCGCCACUUGCGAUUACAUCAUUACCUCCCGAAUCUUCUCCAGAAACUGUCUUCAUGGCAAACAUCGGGUCGCGGAGUGAAAACAUCGUCCAUAAGGAUGUGCAUAACGAGGACAUUUCGAUGACCGCAUCACCUGUCGCGGUUGGUUCAUCUCCGUCACAAGACCCCGAACGAAACAUCUCCAGCACUACAGUUAUCCCCACCAACAGCGAGAACGAGCAGUCGUCGACCCUCCAGAGAAGUUCGAAGCAAUGCCUCAUAUGCCGAUCGAAGAAAGGGUCAGUCGUGCUGUGUGUUGGCUGCUGGAUCCCUGUGCACACGGCAUGCAUACAAGGCAACAAGUAUUGCGGCAGUUGCACCAUCGCCCUCACGAGUCGCCAGGUGGAUCGCACCCUUUCAGACAACGAGCCUCGGGCUGCCGCGAUUGCGCGGGGCAUAGCCUUCUUGAUCUCGAUUACUUCCAACUCGGACAAAUUCAAGCUUGUGGGCCACGUGGCGGCCCUCCACCUUCACGAGCUAGCAGCGAGCGCAUCGCCUUACGUCAAGCAACUCGUGGAACAGUUAAUUCCAACAUAUUCCCGGCAAUGGCUCACGGCGACUCUCAUCCAAGUCCAAUCGGACAUGCUGAAACCUAAAGACAUCGUGACUAUCAUAGCUGGUUUGGUCGGACUGCAAAAUGCGCACAUGUCGAAUGGCGUUGUCGGCGCAUUGCGAGAUCAAGCACUCAAGUACACCGUCGUCGACUUCUUGGGGUGGGACCCCAAGACAGAAGUCCCGGAGAAAGCCAAGUUCGCGGCCUUGUGCGGGGCCUGCGGCCUUCGCCCUGCACGAAAUGCCUCGAGAUGUUGCAAUCGGCCGGUCACGUUUCCAUCCGUUUUCGAACGCUUUCGAUCUUCGCUGGUCGUGGCAUGCCAUGCCGAACUUGUCGGCGUGCCGAUCGGGUGCACGCUUCUCGAAGUGUUUGCGCACUGGGGCCGCCUUCGCGAACUCUACCUCAAGCGACCGAUCUCGAUGUUCGACCAAGCCGUGUACUGUGAUCAGUGGAAGAUGAUUUGUACGGCGCUCGACAUCCUGAGUGCCUACGGGACCCGCCGCCUUCCCUUGCAGCUGCUCGAGCCCGAAUUCAACAUUCUCUGCAAUGUCGACCAACUCGAGCGAUGGCUGGAGUACGGCAACGUCGAUAUCUUUGGCCUCGCCCUGUACUCGCUCUCGCUCUUUCCCCCUUCGCCAAACCUCACUUCUGUUGUCGAAGUGUGGCAAGACGCCCUCGUGCACAAACAGGACCCGUCGCUCGGAUGUUGGGUCGUUCAAGCCGAAUUCCUUCCCCUGGUGGACAUUUUGCGCUACAAAACGACAGUGUCGUGCUUAAAAGCGUUGAUUCCAAGGCGACCGGUGGGUUUCGGCCCAUGUCACGUGGAUUUCUGGGCGUAUUUGCAAGAAUGGGCACGUCACAAGGCCAUCCCCUGCGAGAUCACUACGUCGUCGCGGCGCUUCGGCAACCUCCGCGAUCUCUACCGAGCGCAAGUCGUGACGGCAGACAUCGAGUCGAAUCCACUCAAGGCAGCGGUCCAAGUGUACUUGUCUAGCCGGACCAAGCACCAAAAGCAUGAAGGCUCAGCGACGACGGCGGGCGUCCAUCGCGUUACGUCGAAAGGAUGGGCCCGGUACUCGCGCGAAAGCGGGCGGCACGACACUCCUAUCGCAAAUACGGCCCUCACCAUGAACGAUCUGUCCAUCUUUGACGGGCUCAAGUUUGCCGAUGGGGAAGUGAUUGACUUGUCCCAACCGAGCGGCCCCACCAGCGCCUCCAUGGAGGAUGCAGUCGAUGUCGAGGACGUUCUUGACGAUGACGACGAAGAAGAUGACGAUGAAGGCGAUGGCCACGACGUUGUCCAAAUCGACGCUCCAGAUGGAAAGGACGGUCCCGAGGAUUUGGAAGAGUGGGAAGUUAACUCAUAAUUCCGUACGUUAACGCACUGGAACUCAUCUGGUCGGCGGGUUUGUCGCCAGGUUUUCGAUAUGAUACGGGACGACGCACGCGAUCGAGGCUGUGGUC